AGUGCAAUAUUUUUCCGCGAAAGAAAACCAGGUGAACUUCACGGAAAGUUUAAUUUCACGGAAGUUAAUUAAAAAAGAAAUCACGUUGUAUUAAGCUGGACCUGGCUGGCCGAAGAUGAAUAUCUUUGAGUUUGCUUUCUUCAGCUGCGGAUCAUGUUGUAUCUCAGAUGUCAAAGUAAAUGGCGUUCAUUGAUUGAAAAGAGUGUGUGAUGGCUGACAGAACUAACAACUUCCAGACUUUAUUUUUUUUACUGGCAACUGAAAAUUUAUUGUGUAAUAGUGACAGUGCAUUCUGAAGUAUCGUAUACCCAUACAAUAAAUUUAAAUGACAUGGGCCUCUAUUAGACAUGGCCACCGAGGAAGGCAAGGCAGUUGUGUUCCGUGAGUACAACGGCAGAGGAGUGUUCUAUGGUCGCAAUCGGUCAGCAGCCUCUGUUUCGGAUGACGACUUGUUUGGCCCAGAUAUGGCCAUGCAGCUACUAGAACAGCCAUCGACCAAUCAGUCCGACAUGUAUGGCUCUGAUCAGUCGUUUGAGAUAGAAGAUCCACAGCCUCAGGCUAGUGAACAUGCAUUAAUUCCAAACUUUUCCCUAAUAGUAGGUGAUUCAGACAGUUUAAAAGAUGCUUCGAUGAAAAAGAUUUUGUCGGAUAGUUCCGCCAGUGGUGACCCUUUCUCUGGCGAUGAGUUGAGCAAUGAGACGUUAUUCUCGCUGUUCAAUCGGAAGCCACCACAACGUAGCGUUUCGUCGGAGACCAGACGGGAGGUGUUUCGGAAAAGUCGUGACCUGUUUGCUGAGGAUAUUCCUGAACCUGACCAAAUGGUUCCAGUUCCAUUUCGGAAGUCCAACAGUAUGCCAGACCUUUCCAACAGCCUGCCAGAUCUAGUAAUCACAUCCCUCCCUGGCGCGGUUACACAUAGCACAGAUCUCAACCAGGAACCAGCAUUGUAUAGUGUUAAGAGAAACUUUGAAGGGCCCUCAUGUAACAAGCCUAGGCAGCUGCGUCGUAGUGUGAGCAUACAGGAAACCCCUGAGGAGUGCAUCUUCAAUGAGGACGACUGUCCUUCUGAGUUGAGGCGGCGCCAGGGACGGCUGUCUGGGACAGGAGAGGAAACAUCGCCCACUGGAAGUACUACAGAGAACCGCAAUCCUCUCGUAUCCAAGUCCAGUGGAUAUCACUCCCAACAAAGCGGGAGUCAGGAAAGUGAGUUUUCCCGCAGCUCGAGUGGCGUAUGGAGGUCAUGUGACAGCACGGAGGGGGAGAAGGGCGGGGCUGACACGGACCUGGGGCUCACUGCGCACAACACAGGACAGGAGCAGAGACAGGUCACUACUGCUGAUUUAGGUGCUCAAAUAGCUCCUGACAAGGUAGAGCACACACAUGUUGAUAGCGUGGCAGAGGGUUGUAAACUUGCGGCCAUGUUGCCAUGUUCAGCAUUGUUGUCUGACGCCAGCAGCCAGACCCUGUCUGGUACAGCCGGUGAUCUCCAGUCUUACGCUACGAAUAGUGAUCAGAGUUUCCAGACUGUCAUAAGCUUUAAGACUCAUCUGGUUAGCAGGCUAAAUGUACGGUCUGAGGUAGCCAAUGAACAAUCAGAGAACAAUGGCCUCCCGUUUUUAAGUUUGCUUGACAAUAGCAGCAUUUCUGUUGAAGAUUUGAAUGAGAAUGAAAAAUUAACAGCAAAACAACCAAACAGUUUACCCUCAGUGACCAUGACAACAGACAGUAAGUGGGUGUGUGAGCCUGCAGGAAGUUCCAGUGAUGAGUAUGACAAGCAGGCGGGGGAUGAUGCCAGCUUCAGCAUCACAGCAAAUAUAGGGUGUGUGGAGGAGGAGGACGCCAGGCACCUGGAGCGGGUACAGCGGGACCAUCUGACGCCAGGGCAAGACCACCUGACCCCUGGUGGGCUUUCGGCCGUAUCCCAGCAUUCCUCCAGUGGCAGCAGUGCAUCACCCAUGAGCUCAGGGGCCAUCAACUAUAAGCAAAAUUCAGAAGAAUUCAGAGAGAACAUUUUCAACACAAGGAUUUUAGAAUUGAGUCCAAACAUGUCGGAGUCCCAGUUCGAAUCUCUCAGAAAGUUGUGGAGCUACCGUAUGCCGUCCAACCGAGCAAACGGGGAAUUGCCGUUACACCAAAAGGACAUGGUGUUCUCACAGACAGAUCUGGAGAGGGCGUCUUGGUGUGGGCAGCCACAAUGUGAGGACAGCUCCUGUCGCAUGAUGACCAAAAUCCAGCUAGUGAUCAGCUGUGACCACCCCUCCUUACACGUCUACUUCCCCUUCGUGAAAGACUACUGUGGGUUACUAUGGCAACACGCCGAGGGAUGUGACGAGAUCAAGUGUCGGGUCAUGUACUGCAAGGGCAUUUGGCAGCUGUCUGCAGAGAGUAACGAGGUGCCAACCAAUCAGAUUGUGUCGUGGAUCAAGGAGCAGAUGUCCAGGCCUGUGCUGCAAUUUCUCCACGACAAAGAAUUCACAUUUCACAGAUUGUGUGCUGACUCGCUGGUGAAGGAGCCGAGGCAGUUUGAGACUCACGUGCCGCUGUACGCCCUGGGGAGGUUUGGUACCGCCGUGGUGUGCUUGGAGACAGACAGGGACAGACUGUGCCUCAUGAAAACUAAUCCCCCCAUGGACUACAGCCACCACGUGUCCCUGUACAAAUGCCUGAAGGGACAGACAGACAGACACCUGAUACGUCACUACUGGAUGCUGGAGUAUGACACACUCACACAGGUGUGCACAGAGUUCCUGCAAGGCGGCAGUUUGCAGGAGCUGUUGCUAGGGAAGCGUAGGUUGUCAUGGGAACUAGCAGCCUUCUACCUGACCCAGAUACUCCAGGGUGUGACCUUUCUCCAUAGCAACAACAUUGUGUACCUGAACUGGCAGAGCAAGAACAUGGUGUUCACCGACUCACGAUGCAAGUGUGUUAAGGUAUCAAACCUGGGUCUGUCGUGUCCACUCAACGGGCAGACUACGGACUGCCAGAUUGACAUCGGGGCUGUGAAGCAGUGUCUAGCACCACACCUGGCCCCUCCUGAGUUGAUCAGAAACAACGCUGUAUGCCUGGAGAGUGACAGCUGGGGAGCAGGCCUUCUGCUCUAUGAAAUGGUUACUGGCUCUCCCAUGUUGGACAAGCACAGGCACCUGGGCAGAGACAAAGUCCACAAUUCAGUGUUGAAAAAUUGUCAAAAGGGUUUCAGCAGGGAGCUGCAGGGGCUGCAGGAGGGACCAGCUCAUGUGAUCAGGGGCUGCUGGAAGGAGGUGCCUGCAGAGAGGCCUUCUCUAGAGACCCUGCUGGAGCAGUUCAGACUUGUUGGAAGGGUCCACUGACAAAAGAACACAAAACGUUAAAAAAAGUCACUGGGAUAUUGGAUAUGGUGGCUGCCUUGCAAGAAGGAGGUCAUGGGUUCGAACCCCAAUGUAGGAUUGUUCUUUAGAUCUCCCUCAAAGACACUAGGUAGUGGUUCUACCCAGGAAACAGACUUGAGAAUGCUUCAAUAAGCCUCAGGCUUUAAACUGAGCUAACAUAUUCUGCUUAACCCUUUGCAUGCUGGGAAAUUUGUCGUCUGCUAAAAUGUCGUCUGCCAAAUUUAUAAAAUUUGCAUUUUCUUCGAUUUUUUUCAAAGAAUACUAUCAGAAUAGCAAACAGUUUGGAUUCUGAUGAGACGCCACGUUCUGUGGCGUCUCAUCUGGAUCCAAACUGUUUGCAAAGGCCUUCAAAAUCCGGUUCCAGCGCUCAAAGGGUUAAAAUUGUGAUGAAUAUGGAACAUGGCGUAAUUCAUUUCUGUCUGUCAGGACUCUUGUCUGUUGUCAGCUUGUCUGUCAGGACUCUUGUCUGUUGUCAGCUUGUGAUAGAUAGUGAAUGGAUACCGGUUUGUACAUGUUUGUAUGUAUGUAAUAUUUAUAAGGUAUAUAAUAGUUUUAUGGAUUUUAUGCACUAUGUACAUGUAGUAAAUGAGUGGGGAGAAUAGCUAGAUAUUUAAUAGAUUUUAUCCAAUAUAAAGUGUAUGGGGUAUAGCUAGAUAUGAAUACACAUGAUGUUUAUCAUAGAAACAUGCAUCAAGAUAUAAUAAGAAAUUUCAUGAUAAAAGUAUUACCAUUAAAUAACUGCUUUGUUUAUAUACAUCGGGAGAGUACAUAUAACAUGUCAAAAAUGCAUGUUACAAUGUUCAUUAUACAAAGCCCACAAACAUAUUGAGAUCAUUAGCUAUUAUAUCAGGCGCCAAAGGCUCUCUACCAGGCUUUAUAGUACUACUAUGUCUUUGAAUGAAAUGGCACCAAUAGUGCCUAAUUCAUUUAUCGAUAUAGCCACUAAGAAUAUUUGUCUAAAUCACAUCUAUAUAUAGCUUGUCAAAAGGGAGUAAUAAUGACAUUAUAUUAGUAAUUGUAAUAUGCGCCCAAAAUAUUUGUUUAUUAAUCAGAGACAAAAGUGAAAGGUUCAUCAAUUUGUUAUUAAAAAACAUGUUCUUUAAAUGUUCAUUUUUCAUGCUCUUUUUCCUCUAAUGCUUUUUAGCAUACAAAGUCAUAUUACUUAUAACAAUGUGAAUGUUGUGUGUACUUCCGUUGUAGUUUUAUCUCUUGUUUUAUGAGGUAAAUUAACCCUUAUCGAAGAUAUAUGUCCAGUUCCUUGCUAAGUAAUUAGUUUAUUCCACUCCCUCUGCCAAGCAUAUUUUACAGUGUCAUAUGUCUUGUCCUUUGACAAGCCUUGUUGUUGUUGUGUUAAAUGUUUGAGUUGGUAUUUUAAGUAUCUUUCUAUGCUAUAGAUCGAAGUAUAUAGUGACAGUAUUUAUUGAGAGAUCUUUGUACAAAUGUAAUGAUUUAAAUAAAAGUAUGUUUAUGCAUAUAGGUUUUUCUAUCAUCUCAUGCAAACUAAUUUAUUGUGCAAUAUUUGGUUGUUCUGUUUCAAUGUUUUAUGCCCCCCUUCAGAGAGGGGAUACAUUGUUUUACUGGAUGUCUGUCAGUGGGUCUGCUAGUAGACUAGUUGGUUUCUGAUCAAUAACUUGUGAAUGGAUUUACCAAUUAGCUUAAUACUUCCCAUGUGCAUUGGCCUUUGCCAGCAGAUGAUCCCUAUUUCAAUUGGGGUCACUAGGUCAUAGGUCAAAGUCACUGUCACAUGUCACACUAAGAGUGAAAAUUGUUUCCGAUCAAUAACUUGUGAAUUGGGAGACUGAUUAGAUUGAUACUUCCCAUGUGCAUUGGCGCUGGACAGUACAUGGCCCCUAUUGAAAAUGGGGUCACUAGAUCAAAGGUAAAGGUCACUGUCACACUAAGUGUGAAAUGGAUCCCAAUCAGUAAGUUGUCAACUGAUUCAGGGAUUGGCUUGAUACUUCCCAUUUGCAUUGGCCAUGGACAGUUGAUGACUCCUAUUGAAAUUAGGGUCACAAGGUUUAAGGUCAAGGUCACUGUCACAAUAAGGGCAACGAAUUGAUUGAUUGCCUUGAUACUUCACAUAUGUAUAUUCCUUGAACCGUAGAUAGUAGACAGACAAUAUUCUCAAGCCAUUUACUAUAACGAACAGGGGGGGGGGGGAGGGGGAGAGCAUCUGUCUCCAACCGCAGAGCUCUUGUCUUAAUUGUUAAGGAUUUUAAGAGGUUAAACAUUUGAAUCAACCAUUGUAAUUUUGUUUGGGAAAACUUGUUUUAUGUAUGUUAGACAUGGAAGGAACACACAUUGGUUGUUGAUAUAUUGAUAAUUGUUGAUAAUGUUACCGGUAAUUGUUUUUAGAAUUAAACAAACCACGUUUUGAACAAUGAGACUUGGUUCUGCUUCUAGUCCGAAAACUGUCCACGCAUUUGAUACUUUCCAACUUUCAACUUCCAAAAUCACUUUGAAGGACAUGGUUAUAACUGGAUAUUUGCGAACACGCUCAUACUCAUACUCAUGACCAUGUGACCUCGAAUAUCCGUCGGUUGCUAUCCGCGCAUGCGCAUGCAUUUACUAUUUUCUAUUAAUAAAAUAUACUUUUUUUUAUUAAUAAAAUACAUGUAAAGAA